UCUUUUCCAUUUCCUUUUCUUUUCGUGCCGGUUUUGUGCGAGGAAGGUCCUCUAAAAAAUGUCUGAAACUCUACAGUUAAAAGGCACCCUUUUGGGUCAUAAUGGUUGGAUUACGCAAAUUGCGACCAACCCCAAGUACCCCGACUUGAUUUUGUCAGCUUCCCGAGACAAGACUUUGAUUGUGUGGAAGCUGACACGUGACGAGACAUGCUAUGGGGUGCCCCAGAAGCGCUUGUACGGCCAUUCCCAUUUUAUUUCUGACGUCGUCCUGUCCAGCGAUGGUAAUUACGCCCUGUCUGGAUCAUGGGACAAGACUUUGCGUUUGUGGGACUUGGCUGCUGGGAAAACAACGCGCCGAUUCGAGGACCAUACCAAGGAUGUCUUAAGUGUGGCUUUCUCGGUUGAUAACCGUCAAAUCGUGUCAGGAUCGCGCGACAAGACCAUCAAAUUGUGGAAUACUUUGGCUGAGUGCAAAUAUACCAUCCAGGAUGAUGGCCACUCUGAUUGGGUGUCUUGCGUCAGAUUCUCCCCCAACCACUCCAACCCCAUCAUCGUGUCCGCUGGUUGGGACCGCAUGGUGAAAGUAUGGAACUUGACCAACUGCCGCCUCAAGAUCAACCAUUCUGGUCAUACCGGCUACUUGAACACUGUGACUGUCUCUCCUGACGGCAGUUUGUGUGCAAGCGGCGGUAAAGAUUGCAAAGCAAUGCUUUGGGACCUCAAUGACGGCAAACAUUUGCACACUCUUGACCAUAAUGACAUCAUCACCGCUUUGUGCUUCUCGCCAAACAGGUAUUGGUUGUGCGCCGCUUUUGGACCUUCCAUCAAGAUCUGGGACUUGGAGAGCAAGGAAAUGGUUGAAGAACUUAGACCAGAAGUUGUUUCCCAACCUCUCAGCAAAGCUGAACCACCACAGUGUCUCUCGCUUGCGUGGUCUACCGAUGGACAGACUUUGUUUGCUGGCUAUUCUGAUAACACUAUCAGGGUUUGGCAAGUCAGCAUUUCUGCCCACUAAUUCUUGAUGUAUUUUUUAUAAUAAAUAAAUCUGGAAAUAAGUUA